ACGCCCCGAACUGCAAGGUCAACACUGCGCACGCGCGGACGUGUGGCAGGUUACACGAGUUUAUUUCCAGCCUUUUUUUAGGAGGAAGGGGGGGGGUCUGUAGACGGGCUACCGGAGUGACCGUUGUCAUAGCCUUCGUUGCGAACACAACAAUGUGUUCCUUAAAAUCUCGGAGUUAACCCGAGGGGGGAAACGCCCGCGGAGCACCGCGGUUUGGGAAUCUAACGGUGACACGUGAAAUGUCGUUGCGUGGCUCGUCGGCAUUUCCAGGCGGUAACGGACAGACCAAGCCAGGCUAGUUUUAAGCUAACGGCAGCUAGCUCGUAGCCAAGCAACUCGGACAACGUUAGCUUCUCGUUAGCCUCUCCGUAUGGCCGCGCGCGUCCCGUAGUGUGUCGACGCGGUGUGUUUUGUUCGCGGCUCCCUGGCUGUGACGUUGCCGUACGCGGCUUGACAGUGUUUUCCCACCCGGGGCCGCUGUGUGCAGCUUCCAAAGGCUCGUCUCCCCCGGGGGAGCGACGCAGUGGACGUUGGCUACACGUGUGUGCUGCUUGGGCUAACAUCUAACGUUAGCUGGUCCGUUAAAACGGUGCCGAAAUGCGGCGCUGAUACAUGCUAACGGUUAGCUCGGUGGCUCACGUCGCACUUCCAACGGUCGUUGAUUUUUUUUUUUCUUCUUUUUUUUUCCACCCCACUCCGUUGGUUGACAUGGCGUCCAGCGGAUACUCUGACCUGAGGGAGAAGCUCAAAUCCAUGACUCCGCACAGAGACGAGGCGAAAAGCAAAUACGCGGACGUGGAGAGCAACGGCAGCGGAAAGGGACGCAAGCGCAAGCUCCGGGAGUCCGACGACGACGACAAUAAUAACAACAACAACAACGACUACGAGCACAGCGACGACAGCGCGGAGAGCCGGGAGCAGGAGGCCGUGCGGGUGAAGAGCAGCAUCCUGCAGGAGAGCAUCUUCACGCCGGAGGAGUGCGCCCUCAUCGAGGAGAAGAUCGACGACGUGGUUUCCAAGGGGGAGGCGGGACUGUAUCGCGAGCACACCGUCGACAGGGCGCCCCUCCGCAACAAGUACUUCUUCGGGGAGGGGUACACGUACGGGUCCCAGCUGGAGAAGCGUGGGCCGGGCCAGGAGAGGCUGUACCGCAAGGGGGAAGUGGACGACAUCCCCAACUGGGUGCACGAGUUGGUGAUCAAGCGUCUCGUGUCCAGCGGGGUGGUCCCGGAAGGGUUCGUCAACAGCGCGGUGAUCAAUGAUUAUCAACCGGGGGGCUGCAUCGUGUCACACGUGGAUCCUCAGCACAUCUUCGCGCGUCCCAUCGUCUCGGUGUCCUUCUUCAGUGACAGCGCGCUCUGCUUCGGCUGUCGCUUCCAGUUCAAACCGAUCCGCGUGUCGGAGCCGGUGUUCGUCCUGCCCGUCAGGAGAGGCAGUGUCACGGUGCUCAGUGGCUACGCUGCUGAUGACAUCACCCACUGCAUCCGCCCACAAGACAUCAAGGCCCGACGCGCUGUGAUCAUCCUCAGAAAGACCCGACCAGAUGCUCCUCGGCUCGAUUCUGACAGCGCUUUGGCUGUGGAGAGACCUGCUCCCCUGAAAGCCAAACGCUCUCAUCACCACCACCACCACCACCAUCAUCAUCAUCGUAGAGCAGAUCCUGAUGCUGCUCACAGGCCGCGGGUGCUGGAGAUGGACAAAGAGGAGAACCGACGCCCGUCGAACUCCUCCCACCACCGUCGUCACAGCAUCAGCUCCUCUGAGAACUACUGGAGACGCAGUGACGACUCCAACAAGCACCGCGAGAGUUCAGGGCGCGACGUGAAGAUGAGACGCCACUGAGGCCUCCGCUGCCACACGCGUGCACAUGCGAAUAUAUAUCUUUUAUGUAUGUCAGGAUUGUCACGCGCUUCGAUCAGCCAUCAUUCUCUCCCUCUUGUUUUAGUCUGGCGCGAAGAGGCCAGUCCUCGUUGGUUUUUGAUUUGAGCCCGGAUGCGUUUGAGUGCGUUGUUUGUUUGUUUUGGGCUGACGAAGGUUUCCUGCAAAGUCAAGAGCCUGAAGUUACUGUCUCUAGUCAGGCGUUGUUGUUAAAAUGACCUUUAAUUAAACAUCUAUUGUUUCUAUAUCCAUAGAUACUUCAAAUUGGCAUGUAUUUUUUGUAACCAAGAUGUACAGGCCACAAGAAAAGGAAAAAAAAAGAUGUAUGAAUGGAUUUGUAUAAAAGAAAACUAAUCUUACUUGUUAUAAUGUACAAUACUUUUGUAUAGUCUUUGAUUGGGGAACUUUUAUGCCGAUGGAAACAUUUGAUUUUGUUUGGCACCCGUGUUGCAGAGCCUUACCUUUUACCACGCAUCCCGAUCUUAGUUCACUUUGGCCUCCCUGCUGCUGCUGUUUCAGUUAAAACACCAGGCAGAUGUGCAGAAAUGCUUUUCUAUGUUCUUUUGUUCUUCUGUAUGACUCAUCUUGGUGGAGGAUACAAUGUGGCGCAAUCUGAAACCUGGGAAACCUAAAUUUUAGGGAGUGAUAAUAUCCCAGGCCUUGUUUCAGUUUGACGUGUCGUACCUUGUAAAGUGACGGAGGCCCUGCUUUCCCUGUUCUGUAUUAAAUCUAAUUUUUCCUCAUUUACAUGGGUGAUAUUUGGAUGAGAAGAAACAACGCGGCCCGAUAGGAAAGUCACUAUCCGCAUUGCUCUGUACAAACACCUUAUUUGUUUCUUGCUCCUAGUCGGCCAUAUUUAGCCGCUCACGGGUUGGUCGGUCUGAAGUUACACAUAAACGAAAACAAACUUCAAACUCUUUUCUAGUUAUGGUCGCAGGUUUUUCCGGAACUCUGCUCUGAGUUGUUGAGUUAUUUUUUUUUUUAUAUCCCAAAAGUAAAAGUCUGUAGGAGGUUCUUCAAACAGAACGAGCAGCACGCGAGACGGCUUCAUGGUGUCUGGUCAGGUAGAGGAACAACAACAACAACUUGGAGUGUGUCUCGUGGUGCUCGAGAGUCGGGUUUAUGUUUCAAAUGAGUUAGUAGCGAUGAACCACGGAACCACUUCCUGAAGAGUUUCUCUAAGAAUCUACGGGGUAUUUCUAAACUCUCUGCACUGUCUACUUUGUCAAAAUAACAACUAUGAUUGUUCAUAGAAAACAAAGGGAAACCCCCACAAACAAAACCCUGAAUUUGAGGAGUGUGGUUUGCAUGUUUUACAUUGAGUCGGAGGUGUGUCACGCGUUGUGGGACUCUGUCUCAAGUCCUAAUCUUGAUUGAUAGGUCAUGUUCAAGACUUCACUUAGAAUAUCAUUUCUUUAAAACAAAAUAC